AUGGCACAGAACUACUAUGACAUCUUGGGAAUUACACGAGAUGCAACAGCAGAGGAAGUCAAGAAGGCCUACAAAAAAGCUGCGCUGACCCAUCACCCUGACAAGGGUGGGGAUCCUGAAAAAUUCAAAGAAUGCGGGGCCGCUGUCGAGACGCUCACGGAUGACAGGAAGCGAGCCGCCUACGACUCAACAUUGAUCCGUCUCCGUUCCAAAGAUGGAUUGGGAAGUGGCCCAUUUCGCUUCAACCGUGAUGCCUCCAUGGAGCGUCCUCCCGCUCCACCUCCACCGAGAGCAUCUGCCGGCACAGGGGCAUCUUCAACCCGCACACCCAGUACUGCAGCCCCGCCAAAACCGCGAGCUGCCGGUGGUGCUGUGGAAAUUCCAUCUGAUCCAGGCAGCCUUUCCAUCAAGGAGCUCAAGGAAUUGUUGACUGCCCUCGGCAUCGACCAUGAGGGCUGCCUGGAAAAGGCAGACCUGCUGGCAUUACUUCGGGACCGGAAGGAACGGCGAGCAGGUGACACACCCAGGGAGGCAUCUUCUGCAUCUGGUUCUGCGAAACCAACUGCCCACACGACAAGUUCCUCUCAAUCGUCUACCGGUGCGAAAGCCUUGCGAGUGAAGAUCAUGUCCAUAGGCUCUGCGACGGUGGGAAAGAGUACACUGAUCAAGAGAUACUGUGAAAAUCGCUUCGUCCAGAAGUACAUUCCAACGAUCGGAAUUGACUAUGGUGUGAAGCCCGUACGAGUUUUGGGUCACGAGCUCAAGGUCAAUUUCUUCGAUACUUCAGGAGGAGACGAGUUCCGGGAGAUUCGAACAGAGUUUUAUUCCAUGGGCCAGUCGAACGCUGUGCUCCUGGUCUUUGAUGUAACAAACCGGAAGAGCUUCACUGAUCUUCCUGCCUGGCUGGAGGAGGCUAGUCGUCACCAUUGUUCCCUGUCCCGGGCGGACAAGACUGCCCAAGGACCUCCAGCUGUGGCGCUGUGUGCGAACAAGGUUGACCUUGGAAGAAGAGUGGUAACGAGGGCGGAGGGGGAGGAAUUUGCAACCUCGCACGGCAUGCGCUACUUUGAGACCUCUGCGGCCACUGGUGAUGCUGUCACUGAUGCGAUGACUUUUCUCUUUGAGCAAGCUGUGAGCCACCACUUGGAGCUCGGUAGAAAGAUAGCCAUGGCUGCUGGCUAA